AUGGUUUCAAUCAGUUAUUUUACAUCAACUAUUUUAAUUGCCCUAUUAUUAACAACAACAAACUUUGUUAAUUGUCAAACACCACCAUCAUCAGUAAAAUGGCCUCCACUCGAUGUCCCUCCACCACUUGACAAUUCCUGGACGAGCUUAGUUGACCUUACUAAAGUAGCAAAAGCUCCAGUCGCUAAAGCUGUCGGCGAUUGUACCACUCCUGAUAACUUUUGUUCAUGGACUUGUACAAAAUGUCUUAAACCAGAAGAUAUUGCCACCUGCCCCACCGUUAAAGAUACAAUCAAGGUCAAAGUUACCUUCUUUGUUGUAGGUUCACGUGUUAUAUCCAACCCUGAUAUAUUAAAAAGAGCUGUUGAUUCUGGUCAUCAAAUUGGUGUUCACACUUGGUCACAUACACCUUUGACAACUCAAACUAAUGAACAAAUUAUCGCCGAAAUCAAAUGGACAGAGCGUGCAAUCCAAGAAUAUGCCAAAGUAACCCCCAAUGUACUUAGACCACCACAAGGUGAUUUCGAUGAUCGUGUUAGAGAUAUAGCUAAACAAUUAGGCUACACAAUUGUAUUAUGGGAGCUCGAUUCCAACGACUGGAUGGUUGUACAGGAUCCUACAUACCCAGUCGACUAUAUCACCAACAAUUUCACUGCAUGGGUUAAUGACGCUACAGCUAAAGCUGGUCAUAUCUCAUUAGAACAUGAUCUUUAUCAACAAACUGUUGACUUGGCUCCUAAAAUCUUCCCUAUAGUUACUGGUAAAGAUUUCAAUGUCAAGACAAUUGCUAGAGGAAUUUAA